AUGGAGUUUUUGGAGGUGGAACAGGGUCCUGUCAGUUUGCUACCUGCUUUUCAUUACAUUCAACACUGUCUUUUUUUGUUUCAGGUUUUACCAAAAAGAACUGCUAAAGUCAUUUUCCAAAAGAUUAUGGCAGAUCAGUUCAUUGCAGCACCAUUUUUUGCUGUGACCUUUUUCCUUGGUGCUGGAAUUUUAGAAGGAAAAUCGCUUAAUUCAUCUUGGCAAGAAUUUAAAAUCAAGUUUCCUGCAGUCUAUGCUUUUGACUGGCUCAUAUGGCCUCCCACCCAGACGAUAAAUUUCUACUUCAUUCCCGCACCAUACAGAGUGCUGUAUGUAAACGUCAUAACGGUUAUAUGGGAUGUUUUCCUGUCAUACAUGAAACACAAGGAUCAAGUGUUAAAGGUGAAGACGAUAAAGGAAGGGGACUAAUGUAAGACAGAGACCCUUGUGAAGGGUAUAAUGCAAUAGAGCAAUAUAGAAACAGCAGUGUUAAAUGUUGAAAAUCAGCCUGGAACUUUAUAAGACAUAUAAAUGAACUAUUGGGAGAUGUGAGGUGUGGAACCGGAUGGCUGAUUCAAUUUCCUCGUAAAAUUUAACUCGGUGUACAAAGUUUGCCUUGGAAUACGAGUUUUUGUUGAUACUUACAUGUAUAGGUCGAGCACGUGGGUUCUACUAGGCGCGGGGCGAGGCACUCUCAGUUUUCCAAUGUAUCCCGCCUAGUGACGACUGCGUUUAAAUUAUUUGUGAAGUACAAUACAGAAUAUUUUGUUU